GUUUCAAACUCCUGACCUCAAGUGAUCCACCCACCUCGGCCUCCCAAAGUGCUGGGAUUACAGGCAUGAGCCACUGCACCAGGCCUGGCUAAUGUUUUUCUAUUUAAACAUAUUAAGAUCCUAACCUUUGGCUUUUGAGAUACAGAGCUACUGUAACUUUUAAGUUCAACCAUAAAUAAGAUUUUUGAGGAAGAACAUAGAAAUAGGUUUCCAUUUUGUCACUUUGAGGCACUGCUCUCUGCAAAAAUGAUUUGGAAGUUGAAGAAGCUAGAAGAGUUUAUAUGUAGCAAAAGUAACCUGUAGAGGAAUUGUAAAGGGGCCACAACUAGAAAAAAUUUAGAACUGGGGAGGCUGGGCAUGACUGCUCAUGCCUGUAAAACCCAGCACUUUGGGAGACCAAGGCAAGCAGAUCACUUGAGUCCAGAAGUUCAAGACCAGCCUGGGCAAUAUGGCAAAACUCUAUAGAAAAUACAAAAAUUAACCAGGCGUGGUAGCACAUGCCUGUAGUCCCAGCUACUUGGGGGGCUGAGACAGGAGGAUUGCUUGAGCCCAGGAGGUCCAGGCUGCAGUGAGUUGAGAUCACGCCACUGUACUACAGCCCAGGCGACAAAGACCCUGUGACCUAAAAGUUGUCAGAUGAAUAUGAAGAUAAAAUCAAGUUCCUGGCUGGGUGCUGUGGCUCAUACUUGUAAUCCUAGCACUUUGGGGAGGCCAAGGAGGGUGGAUCACCUGAAGUCAGGAGUUCAAGACCAGCCUGGCCAAUAUGGUGAAAACCCAUCUCUACUAAAAAUACAAAAACUAGCCGGCCGUGGUGGCGGGCACCCGUAGUCCCAGCUACUUGGGAGACUGAAACAGGAGAAUUACUUGUACCCGGUAGGUGGAGGUUGCAGUGAGCCGAGAUCGUGCCUCUGCACUCCAGCCUGGGCGACAGAGCAAGACUCCGUCUCAAAAAAAAAAAAAAAAAAAUCAAGUUUCACAGGUAGGUGAUUAUAGGAUGAAACAGACUAGGUAUAUAUGGGUUUUAUAAAAUUUUUUUUAAUGUAUAAGAUAUAACCAUUUGAAUAAUUCAUAAGAACCUUGUUCUGCUCUGUUGCAGAGUUUUUGAGAUGGAGUCUCGCAGUGUCUCCCAGGCUGGAGUGCAGUGGUGCAGUCUGCAAGCUGCAUCUCCCAGGUUCAUGCCAUUCUCCUGCCUCAGCCUCCCGAGUAGCUGGGAUUACAGGCGCCCGCCACCACGCCUGGCCAAUUUUUUGUAUUUUUAAUAGAGACGGGGUUUCACCGUGUUAGCCAGGAUGGUCUUGAUCUCCUGACCUCAUGAUCUGCCCGCCUCGGCCUCCCAAAGUGUUGGGAUUACAGGCGUGAGCCACUGUGCCUGGCCUGAGAGGACAAAUAUUUUUAAAAAGAAAUGAUAGUUCUUUAUGUAUAGAAUGUGGGAUGAUUUUUAAAAAUUGCCCUCGUUUUCAGAACGUGUAUUCAGUUUGAUCAGUGAUUUUCAGUCUUGGCACUAUUGACAUUUAGGGUCAGAUAAUCUCCAGGCUAUCCUAUGCAUUGUAGGAUGUUUUGUAGCACUCCUGGCCACUACCCACUAGAUAGGUCAGUAACACCUCUCCUCACCCCCACCCUGGUUGUGACUACCAAAAAUGUCUCUAGACAUUGCCAAAUGCCCUCUGGGGGGCAAACUUGACCUCUGAUAAAAUUCACUGUCAGUUAUGAAGAUUCCUUAAUUAUUUAUUUAUGUCUUUUAUGAACUAGGGUUCCCUUUAUGUAAGCUAGGUACAGGUGUCGAAUGAAUCCCUUCUGCAGAUGUAGUGUAUAGCUUGGGCGGUGCCUGAUAUAUGUUGGAGAACACUGGAAUAUGAUGAAAUAUUUUAGCACUAUUGGGAAUUUAAUUGAAGCUUAGAAAUGAGCUCUUGUUUUGAAAGUAAAGGUGUAGGCUUUCUGCUGUAUCUAAAUCUCUGUUUUCCACCUCUGCCACUACCCCCUCAUGCAUUUGCUUGAAAAAGAUCCUUACUAGCUUAGGAAUAGUUGAGAAUUUUGUUUGAAAUGUUUGACAUGAUCUGUCUAUAUCUUGUGUUCAAGGAAAGAUAGUUUUGCUUGCAUGUUUGUUUGUUUUUGAGAACAGGGUCUUGCACUCCAACAGGGUCUUGCCCAGGUUGGAGUGCAGUGGCUCGAUCACAGCUCACUUCAGCCUCCACCUCCUGGACUUAAAGAGAUUCUCCCACCUCAGCCUGUUGAGUAGCUGGGACUACAGAUGUGCAUGCCACCAACACCCUGCUAAUUUUUCUAUUUUUUAUAGAGAUGAGAUUUCACCAAGUUGCCCAGGCUGGUCUCGAACCUCUGGGCUCAAACAAUUAGGGCUCAAGCAGUUCUCCCACCUCAGCCUCCUGAAGUGGUGGGAUUACAGGCAAAGAAAAGAUAGUCUGGAAAAGUUACUUGCUAAAAGGCUUGAUUAAACGAAAUGUGUCCUCUUUGUUAGCCUUUGAUUGUUUGAUUAUAUUUUUCUUAAAAUGUAUCUUUUUAAAAUAAUUUUUAAAAAAUUUUAAUAGAGAUGAGGUUUCUCUAUGUUGCACAAGCUGGUCUCGAACUCCUGAACUCAGGUGAUCCUCUCGCCUCAGCCUCCCGAAGUGCUAGGAUUACAGAUGUGAGCCACCACACCCGGCCAAAAUUUCUUAACUACAUAUAAAUUCUCUUAAUGAUUUAGGUAUUUUGUUAGGGGAAUACAUACAGUCAGGAUAGGAUAAGAGGGGAAGUAAUGGGUGGUUUAAUAAAUAUAUGACAAACAUUUCAAGUAAAAAUUUCAGGAGAAAGAUUUUUUUUUAGGUUUCUAAGAAAUAUAUUUGUGGAUGUGGAAUUUUUCUGUCAGAUGACGUUAAGAGCAAAGUUGAAGAUAACUAAUACUUGGGGAUUCAUAGGGAGGUAAUUUUUUAUUUAAAAUGAGCGAGAAGGACCCUAGCCUUUUAUUGUGGUCUUGGAAACUCAUUCCCCACCAGUAUCAUUCCUUGAAGAAAUGGUUGGUUCUAGGUCUGGGGCAGGAAAUGUAUGAGAUGAGCUGAAACAUCUUGACUAUCAGCAAAGAUUUUAUGAAACGAUACUAGGGUUGUGUCAGAAGGACUCAGCAGCCAACUGAAGACGUUCCCACUGGCCAAAAUAGGACACAUUGAGUAUCUCUAAAGAUAACUGCAUGGAUCAAAACACAUCAAAAGCUGGGCACAGUGGCUCAUACCUGUAAUCCCAGCACUUUGGGAAUCCGAGGCAGGUGUGUUGCUUGAGUCCAGGAGUUUGAGACCAGCCUGGGAAACGUGGUAAGACCCCCUCUCUAUAAAAAAAAAAAAUACAAAAAAUUAGCCAGACAUGGUGGCUCUUGGUUAUCCCAAGAGUUAGUUAGCUCUUUGUCCGAAGAGUUACUCAAGAGGUUGAGGUGGGAGGAUUGCUUGAGCCUGGGAGGUCGAGGUUGCAGUGAGCUGAGAUUGUGCCACUGUACUGCAGCCUGGAUGACACCACAUCUUACCAAAAAAAAAAAAAAGAGAGAAAAAAGAAAUUGGGAUGGUGACUAGAUAUUUGAUAUUAAGGGAUUAUCAAAUUUUUAGGCAUGUAAUGGCAAUACAAUUUUUUUGUUUUUAAGAUGGAGUCUUACUCUUGUCCAAGCUGGAGUGCAGUGGCGCAAUCUUGGUUCACUGCAACCUCCGCCUCCUGGGUUCAAGCAAUUCUCCAGUCUCAGCCUCCUGAGUAGCUGGAAUUACACACCUGGCUAAUUUUUGUAUUUUUAGUAGAGACAGGGUUUCACCAUGUUGGCCAGGCUGGUCUCAAACUCCUCACCUCAUGUGAUCCGCCCGCCUUAGCCUCCCAAAGUGCUAGGAUUACAGGCUUGAGCCACCGCACCCAGCCAUGCAAUUUUUUUAAACUAUAGUCUUUAAAGUCCUUGUCUUUUAGAGCUACAUACAAAAAUAUUUAUGAAUAUGAUGUUUUAGAGAUUUGUUUCAAUAUAAUACAGAGAAGUGGGGGCAUAAAUGAAGGAAUCCAUUUUGAGUUGAUAAUUUUUGAAACUGAGUGACGAAUACAUGUCUUAACUUUUUUAUUCAGUUAAAAUUUGUAUCUCAUUAAAAUUAGCAGAAAAAGAACCACUACAAUUUUGAUUCAGAGACUCGUAGUUGUAGUAUGAAAAUUUGCCUCUUCACUUGGUUGCAGUAUGAUUCCCAAAUUUACUGCCCAUCCAAGUUUUCCUUUUUUUUUUUUUUGAGACGGAGUCUUGCUCUGUCGCCCAGGCUAGAGUGCAGUGGCAUGAUCUCAGCUCACUGCAACCUCCACCUCUCGGGUUCAAGCGAUUCUCCUGCCUCAGUCUCCUGAGUAGCUGGGAUUACAGGCAUGUGCCACCACACCUGGCUAAUUUUUGUAUUUUUAGUAGAGAUGGGGUUUCACUGUGUUGGCCAGGCUAGUCUCGAACUCUCAACCUCAGGUGAUCCCCCCAACCCCAGCCUCCCAAAGUGUUGGGAUUACAGGCGUGAGCCACCGCGCCCGGCCGUUUUCCUCUUGAUGUAGCACUGUAUUCACUAUGGGCUGGCUUUUAAUAUCUGAAAUUCACAUUUUUAUUUGGCAGUUUUGAAAUAAAUAAUGAGAAAUUAAAAUGCCCCUUAAGGAUUACAUUUCAACAUAAUUUUUUUAGUGUGAUAAGUAUCCAGUCCUUCAUAGCAAGAAAUUAGGGAAGAGGGAAUAAAAUUCGUUGUUUUUUUUUUUUUUUCCCCUCAUGAGGAAGAUUUGGUAUGGAAGGAGGUUAAAUGUGUGGAACGAUAGUUUGGGAAGAUGUUUUUUUUUUUUUUUGAGGAGGGCACAUUUUCAGAAUCUGGAUAUACAUGUUAACACUACAUAUUUAGUAAUUCCUGUUUUCUUUGUUCAAAAAUAGUUGAAAGGGUGUCCUUGCCAUGAUCGGGGCUAAAAAAAAAAAAAAGUUGAAGGGAGACUGUAUGCCAUGGAUCACUUGAAAGACCACAGAGAAUGGUGGUGUUUCUUGAGAAUCUUGGUAGAAAUAUUAAAUACUGCAUUUUAUUAUGUUAGUAUAAGAUUUCCUUUUGAUAACUAGAAAACUACAAGAAGGAUCUAAAUUUGUAUUUUCUAUUUUUGGUUUGCUGAGUAUUUACAUUAGGUUGAUAUCUCUGUUGUAUCAUAUUUUUGACCCUGAGUUAUAGAUGCUGAAAGUGAAAGGAAUUGAUCACAUCCUGAGAUAGCAGAGUGUAGGUCAGAAUCAAGGACAGUUUUGAAAAAUUUGGCUUCAGUGUCUUUCAGAGAUGCUUUGUGUAUAGGUCUGUGAAAUAUGUUCAAUCAGCAGACCUAAUAUUUUCUGAGUUGACAAGCCUUAUUAGCUAACUCCAUCUUCUAUGUUGUUAAAAAAAAAAAAACAUGAAAAAUAUUUCCCCAUAAGUUGGAUUUUCUUUUUUUUCUUUCAUUUUUUUUUCUUUUUUUUUUUUUUUGAGACAGAGUCUGGCUUCUGCUGCCCAGGCUGGAGUGCAGUGGCGUGAUCUUGGCUCACUGCAACCUCUGCCUCCUGGGUUCAAGCGAUUCUCCUGCCUCAGCUUCCUGAGUAACUAGGAUUACAGGCAUGUGCCAGCACGUCCGGCUAAUUUUUGUAUUUUUAGUAGAGGUGGGGUUUCACCAUGUUGGCCAGGCUGGUCUGGAACUCCUGACCUCAGAUGAUCCGUCGGCAUCCCAAAGUGUUGAGAUUACAGAUGUGAGCCACUGUGUCUGGCCAAGUUGGAUUUUCUUUUCAUUUUGAGUCUUUUAAUUUACAUUGGAUAUCUUGGCAGUACUCAUACCUAAGGAGAAGAGAUAUUUUUCUCACUUGAUUAAAAAGUAGUUAGGACAUAAACAUCUUUCUUUGCCGUCUUUUCAGAUCUACCCUUUUCGGUUAUUUCCAUUUGGUUUUUAUUUUAUUUUGUAGGGAUGGGGUAUUGCUCUCCAGCUCUCCAGCUCAGGCUGGAGUGCAGUGGCACCACUGCAGUUACUGUAACCUCGAGCUCACUGUAACCUCGAACUCCUGGGCUCAAGUGAUCCUCGAUCCUCCUACCUCAUCCUCCCUAGUAGCUGGGACCACUGGUGUGUGCCGCACACCUGGCUAAUUUUUAAAAAAAUUUUGUAGAGAUGGAGUCUUGCUAUGCUACCCAAGCUGGAGUUCUUUCCAUUUCUCUCAAAAGGUCAAAUGGAAGAAAUUUCAAUAUUCUUAUUAAAAUUCAUUGCUUUAUAAAAUAAAGAACUGAAACUCUUAAGGUAUUAUAAAUACUUAAGAUAAAAGAACACCCUUUUGGAUAUGCUAUUAAAAUAACCACAGGCAUGACAUUGAAAACCAAAAUUUGUAUUCUGAUAGCUCUUCAUAUUCCAAAGCAAAGUUUUCAUAUGUAUGGAGAGUUUGCUUGUAAGUGGUCAGGACAAAAGUAGGUCCUUGAAAACCAUCGGCAGAGGUUAUUAUCCGCAGUUUAUAUUCAUUCUGCUGGGUGUUGGAUAUUUGCACAUUAAUUAUCUGUUGACUCUAAGCUCUCAAAGUUAUACAGCAAAGAACAAUGGAAUAAAAUCAAGUAUUUAAGGAAAAAGUUUUUGAAAAUAUCAUAUUUUGUAGUGGAAUUAGACUGGAAAACAAAGGCAUGUGUUGUCUUUGUCUCAAAGAAUACCUGUGAUACGGAUUUGAUUUCUUUUUAAUUCAGUUUCUGGCUUAGUAUUGUCUUCAUAUAAUUAAGCCUGAAAAUAAGAGAAUUUAAGUAAGUUGAUCCCUUAGCUCUUUUUCUUUCCUCACCCCCUUUGUGGCUUUGGUUUAGAAAGACAGAAAUAAUUAAAAUAGAAGAUUAAAGACCAGUUAGAAUCCAGUUAAGCACUUUACCCAUUAAAACCUAGACUGCCCCUGGCUAUAGCUGACUCACUGGGGCACUGCAAGAUUAUUUUCAAUUUUCAAGGGAAACAAUGCCAUCUGUUGGGCAUCUUGCAAACUGCUACUGUCAGGUUGUAUGGCCCUAACUAAAUACUCAAUAAACAGAAUGGUUAGGUUGGUUGUUUGGUUUUGGUUUUCGCUUAUGGAUAUAGCAGCAGAAUUACUAAGACACUAAGGACACUUAGAGCCUUUGCAGUAAAGGCUUUGUUUGAACAUUGAGCAGUAAUAGUACUCCCGUUCCAACACAAAGAAACUGACCCUUAGUAAACUGUUAUUGGAGGGCAGAAUAGCAAUAACUCUUUGUUUGCAAUGCAGAGAUACAGACUUUAUUUAUUUAUUUUUAUUUUAUUUUAUUUUUUUUUGAGGUGGAGUUUUGCUGUUGUUGCCCAGGCUGGAGUGCAGUGGCAUGAAUUGUGGCUCAUUGCAACCUCCACUUCCCAUGUGCAAGUGAUUCUCCAGCCUCAGCCUCCCGAGUAGCUGGGAUUACAGGCAUGCACCACCACGCCCGGCUAAUUUUGUAUUUUUAGUAGAGAUGGGGUUUCUCCAUGUUGGUCAGGCUGAUCUCGAACUCCCGAUCUCAGGUGAUCCGACCUCAGGUGAUCCACCCACCUUGGCCUCCCAAAGUGCUGGGAUUACAGCGUGAGCCACUGCACCCGGCUCAGACUUUAAUUUUUUAAAGGGACAUGUAAUUUAGGCAGUGUUUUCAAAUUAAGGGUUGACUCCAAAAUCAUAGUGGAAUGGCCUCCAGGAUUUCCUAGACUAGACGUACAAGGUAGUAGUAGGACUGGGACUAGAGUGUGACAAGUGAGGUUCUCAUCUUAGAUGCAAAAUUUAAAGGAGUACAGAGAGGUUCAGUAAUCAUAAUAAAUGCAUUUUAAUGCAUCAUUUUGAAAGAUCAAUAUUAAUGCAGAACAAUCCGUAAUGAACAGAAUAUCUAUUUUAAAUAAAGACUGAAUGCGAUCCUGCGCUUGCUUGACUCGCCUCACUGUCCUCAUCCUAACCCUGGCCCUGGGUAUUACACAUUAAACUUUUUGUUGUUGUUGUUGUUUAUGAGAUGGAGUCUCUAUUGCCCAGGCUGGAGUGCAGUAGUGCCAUCUUGGCUCACUGCAACCUCUGCUGCCUGGGGUUCAAGCAGUUCUCCCUGCCUCAGCCUCCCAAGUAGCUGGGAUUACAGGCACCUGCCAGCGUGCCCGGCUAAUUGUUGUGUUUUUAGUAGAGAUGGGGUUUCACCAUCUUGGCCAGGCUGGUCUUGAACUCCUGACCUCGUGAUCCACCCACUUCAGCCUACCAAAAUGCCGGGAUUACAAGCAUAAGCCACUGUGCCUGGCCUAAACUUUUAUAAUCCUAAUUUUUUUUUUUUUUUUUUUUUGAGACAGAGUCUCACUCCGUCCCCCAGGCUGGAGUGCAGUGCUGUGAUCUCGACUCCCUGCAACCUCCGCCUCCUGGAUUCAAAUGAUUCUCGUGCCUCAGCCUCCCAAGUAGCUGGAAUUACAGGGGCGCACUGCCAUGCCUGGCUAAUUUUUGUAUUUUGAGUAGAGACAGAGUUUUGCCAUGUUGGCCAGUCUGGUUCUCUAACUCCCAACCUCAGGUGAUCCACCUCCCUCGGCUUCCCAAAAUGUUGGGAUUACAGGCGGGAGCCACAAUGCCCGGCCUGUAACCCUAAUUAUUAAAUAAUUUGCUGUGGAAUGGAUUCUAAUAUUCAAUAAUAAAAGUUGUAAUUCUGAACCUUUGGAAAUGGAGGAAGGCUAGAGGAUAUGAUAAAGGAGCCCAAGGAGCAUGGCGGACACCGACCUGUUCAUGGAAUGUGAGGAGGAGGAGUUGGAGCCAUGGCAGAAAAUCAGUGAUGUCAUUGAGGACUCUGUAGUUGAAGAUUAUAAUUCAGUGGAUAAAACUACCACAGUUUCUGUGAGCCAGCAGCCAGUCUCGGCUCCAGUGCCCAUCGCUGCCCAUGCUUCUGUUGCUGGGCACCUCUCUACAUCCACCACCGUUAGUAGCAGCGGGGCACAGAACAGCGACAGUACAAAGAAGACUCUUGUCACACUAAUUGCCAACAACAAUGCUGGCAAUCCUUUGGUCCAGCAAGGUGGACAGCCACUCAUCCUGACCCAGAAUCCAGCCCCAGGUCUGGGCACAAUGGUUACUCAACCAGUAUUGAGGCCUGUUCAGGUCAUGCAGAAUGCCAAUCAUGUGACUAGUUCCCCUGUGGCCUCACAACCAAUAUUUAUCACUACGCAGGGAUUUCCUGUAAGGAAUGUCCGGCCUGUACAAAAUGCAAUGAAUCAGGUUGGGAUUGUGCUGAACGUACAGCAAGGCCAAACGGUUAGACCAAUUACACUAGUUCCAGCCCCAGGUACCCAGUUUGUUAAGCCGACAGUUGGAGUUCCACAAGUGUUCUCCCAGAUGACCCCUGUGAGGCCAGGCUCCACAAUGCCUGUGAGGCCCACCACCAACACCUUCACCACCGUCAUCCCGGCCACUCUUACCAUUCGAAGCACCGUCCCACAGUCCCAGUCCCAGCAGACCAAGUCCACUCCCAGCACUUCCACCACUCCCACUGCCACACAGCCAACCUCACUGGGGCAACUAGCUGUUCAGUCUCCAGGCCAGUCAAACCAGACCACGAAUCCCAAGCUAGCUCCCUCCUUCCCCUCUCCACCUGCAGUGAGCAUUGCCAGCUUUGUCACUGUGAAGCGACCUGGUGUUACAGGCGAAAAUAGCAAUGAAGUGGCCAAAUUGGUGAAUACUCUUAACACCAUCCCUUCCCUGGGCCAGAGUCCUGGGCCAGUGGUGGUGUCCAACAACAGCUCUGCUCAUGGCUCUCAAAGAACCAGUGGACCUGAGUCUUCAAUGAAAGUGACCUCUUCCAUCCCAGUAUUUGACCUCCAGGAUGGUGGACGGAAAAUAUGUCCACGGUGUAAUGCUCAAUUUCGUGUUACUGAAGCUUUGAGAGGUCACAUGUGUUACUGUUGCCCAGAAAUGGUUGAAUACCAGAAGAAAGGAAAGUCCCUGGAUUCAGAACCCAGUGUCCCAUCAGCAGCAAAGCCGCCAUCCCCUGAGAAAACAGCUCCUGUUGCUUCCACACCCUCUUCUACGCCUAUUCCUGCUCUGUCACCACCUACCAAAGUACCAGAGCCAAAUGAGAACGUGGGUGAUGCCGUCCAGACCAAACUCAUUAUGCUUGUAGAUGACUUCUACUAUGGACGGGAUGGUGGCAAAGUAGCCCAGCUCACAAAUUUCCCUAAGGUCGCCACAUCUUUCCGAUGCCCACAUUGUACCAAAAGGCUAAAAAACAAUAUUCGAUUCAUGAACCAUAUGAAACACCACGUAGAACUCGAUCAGCAGAACGGUGAGGUAGAUGGUCACACUAUCUGCCAGCACUGUUACCGCCAGUUUUCCACUCCCUUCCAGCUUCAGUGCCACUUGGAAAAUGUUCAUAGUCCCUAUGAAUCUACUACCAAGUGCAAGAUCUGUGAGUGGGCGUUUGAAAGUGAGCCACUAUUUCUCCAGCAUAUGAAGGAUACUCAUAAGCCUGGAGAGAUGCCUUAUGUUUGCCAGGUGUGUCAAUAUCGCUCCUCACUCUACUCUGAGGUAGAUGUCCAUUUUCGGAUGAUCCAUGAGGAUACCCGGCAUCUGCUCUGCCCUUAUUGCCUGAAGGUCUUCAAAAAUGGCAAUGCAUUCCAACAGCAUUACAUGAGGCACCAGAAGAGAAAUGUUUAUCACUGCAACAAAUGCCGGCUGCAGUUUCUCUUUGCCAAGGACAAAAUUGAACACAAGCUUCAACACCAUAAAACCUUCCGUAAACCCAAGCAGCUGGAGGGCUUGAAACCAGGCACCAAGGUGACAAUCCGGGCUUCCCGAGGGCAGCCACGAACUGUUCCUGUAUCCUCUAAUGAUACACCUCCCAGCGCCUUGCAGGAGGCAGCACCGCUGACCUCCUCAAUGGACCCUCUGCCUGUCUUCCUUUAUCCCCCUGUCCAGCGCAGCAUCCAGAAGAGAGCUGUUAGGAAAAUGAGUGUCAUGGGCCGGCAGACAUGCCUGGAGUGCAGCUUCGAGAUCCCAGACUUCCCUAAUCAUUUCCCUACUUACGUACACUGCUCUCUGUGUCGCUAUAGCACCUGCUGCUCCCGAGCUUAUGCCAACCACAUGAUCAACAAUCAUGUUCCACGGAAGAGCCCCAAGUAUUUGGCUUUGUUUAAAAAUUCUGUGAGUGGAAUCAAGCUGGCCUGCACUUCAUGUACCUUUGUUACCUCUGUGGGCGAUGCUAUGGCCAAGCAUUUGGUAUUCAACCCCUCUCACAGAUCCAGCAGCAUCCUGCCACGGGGACUCACUUGGAUAGCUCACUCAAGGCAUGGCCAGACUCGUGACCGAGGGCAUGACCGGAACGUGAAGAAUAUGUACCCUCCUCUUUCCUUCCCCACUAACAAAGCUGCCACUGUGAAAUCUGCGGGGGCCACCCCAGCUGAGCCUGAAGAGCUACCAACUCCCUUAGCCCCUGCACUCCCAUCACCAGCCUCAACUGCAACCCCACCACCAACCCCCACUCACUCGCAGCCUUCAGCCCUUCCACCGCUGGCUACAGAGGGAGCCGAAUGUCUGAAUGUUGAUGAUCAGGAUGAAGGGAGCCCAGUCACCCAGGAACCUGAGCCAGCAUCAGGUGGUGGUGGUAGUGGUGGGGUUGGCAAAAAGGAGCAGCUGUCUGUGAAGAAGCUUCGAGUAGUACUGUUUGCUCUAUGCUGCAAUACAGAACAGGCAGCUGAACACUUCCGAAAUCCCCAGCGACGUAUUCGCCGUUGGCUUCGACGUUUCCAGGCCUCCCAGGGGGAGAAUCUAGAGGGCAAAUAUCUGAGCUUUGAGGCAGAAGAGAAACUGGCUGAGUGGGUGCUAACCCAGCGCGAACAACAGCUACCUGUAAAUGAGGAGACCUUGUUCCAGAAGGCCACCAAAAUAGGACGUUCUUUGGAAGGGGGGUUUAAGAUCUCCUAUGAGUGGGCUGUGCGUUUCAUGCUGCGGCACCACCUGACUCCCCAUGCCCGGCGAGCUGUGGCCCACACCCUACCUAAGGAUGUAGCAGAGAAUGCAGGACUCUUCAUUGAAUUUGUACAACGGCAGAUUCACAACCAGGACUUACCCUUGUCUAUGAUUGUGGCUAUUGAUGAGAUCUCUUUGUUCCUGGAUACAGAGGUGCUGAGCAGUGAUGAUCGAAAGGAGAAUGCCCUGCAGACAGUGGGCACAGGGGAACCUUGGUGUGAUGUAGUCCUAGCCAUUCUGGCAGAUGGCACUGUCCUUCCCACCCUGGUUUUCUACAGAGGGCAGAUGGAUCAGCCUGCUAACAUGCCAGACUCCAUAUUGCUAGAGGCAAAGGAGAGUGGCUACAGUGAUGACGAGAUCAUGGAGCUGUGGUCAACUCGAGUGUGGCAGAAGCACACAGCUUGCCAGCGCAGCAAAGGCAUGCUUGUGAUGGACUGUCAUCGCACUCACUUGUCAGAAGAGGUACUGGCUAUGCUUAGUGCCUCUAGCACUUUGCCUGCAGUGGUCCCAGCAGGCUGUAGCUCCAAAAUUCAGCCAUUAGAUGUAUGCAUCAAAAGAACUGUCAAGAACUUCCUGCAUAAAAAAUGGAAGGAACAGGCUCGGGAAAUGGCAGAUACUGCAUGUGAUUCUGAUGUCCUGCUUCAGCUGGUGCUUGUCUGGCUGGGUGAAGUGCUAGGUGUCAUUGGGGACUGUCCAGAGCUAGUUCAGCGCUCCUUCCUGGUGGCUAGUGUUCUGCCUGGCCCCGAUGGCAACAUUAACUCACCUACAAGAAAUGCUGACAUGCAGGAGGAGCUAAUUGCCUCCCUAGAGGAGCAACUGAAGCUGAGUGGGGAACAUUCUGAGUCUUCCACUCCACGACCCAGAUCAUCUCCUGAAGAGACAGUUGAGCCUGAAAGCCUUCACCAGCUCUUUGAGGGUGAAAGUGAGACCGAGUCUUUCUAUGGCUUUGAAGAAGCUGACCUAGAUCUGAUGGAGAUUUGAGUGUUGGGGUCAUGAGGGGGUGUGGAGUGGGGGUGGGAACAUGUGAGGGAGGGUAAAGGGGCUUAGGGAAAAGGGGGCAUACCAGGUGGGGUAUUUGGUUUAUAUUUUUUAAUUUUACACCACCACUCCCCCCUGAGGUUGACUUACACUUCCCUGUGGAUUUGUGGAUUAAUUAGGAAAACCAAUAGUAAUCACGUCUGAGCCAAGGAGCUGGCCCAUUGGUCAUUCACUUCUGCUAAAAACAGGUUUUUGUGACUUUUUUUUUAAAUUUAAAUCACUGUGUUUGGUAUUUUUCUGACAAAAUUAAGAAAAAGAAAAAAAAUUAUUUGUGGGCGAAUGUUAAAUUUUUUUGUUUCCCCUUUUACCUCAAUUGUAUCAUAGUACUUCUGGGUUUUUUUGUUUGUUUUAUUGUGUGGCCAAUGUCUUUGGGCAUGAUGCUAUCUAAUUGUCAAUGUGAGAACAUUUCUGAAGAUGGGAAAGACAAAUUAUGUAGCUCACAAACUGGUUUAUUAUAUAUAUGGAUAAAAAACUUUUUUCAUUGUGGUCUUAACACUUUUAUAUAAAAAUGAAAAUGGAAAAAAAGUCCCACUGAACUCUCUCUUCCUUCUCCUUUUCUUUCCUUCCCUCUCCAGAGAUGUUGGUUUCUACAGCAACCCUAGAUAUAAAAUUGUGGCUUUAAAAAUGCAUGAAACCACCUUUAUCCAGAAUGAAUAGAUUUGUCUUUUCCUCACCACCUUCCCUCCAAAACAUGACAUAAACAAUAUUUUUUGCAUUUGUGAUCCUUGGCCCCUUUCCCCAUUCUCACACCAUCCAUCCCUCUGGACAAAGGAUCAUACAGGUGUUAUUAGCAAGCAAGAGGUACUGAGGCGAUCAAACAGUUUUAGGGUGGAAGCCAUUCCCAGUUUGAGUCUUCAUCCUGUAAGCCCCCAGGGGCGGUCCCUGCUUUAUUGAACUUCAUCCUGUUAGAAGGAGAGCAUGCCUGUUUAAGGGAUUACUGGUCCUACAGCCAGGAGCUAAUUGUUCAAGAAGUGUUGAACUUUAAAAAGACAAGACCACUUGUUGAAAUCCAGCGUGCUCUGUGGCUUUCCCCUAUUUCUCUUAAUACUUAGGGAAGAAUCUGACAGGAAGAAGCAGCGCACAGGGGUGUGCACAAAGAAAAUGACAUGAAUCUUUAUUUUUCACUGCCAGCUUCAAGGAAAAAAAUUUUUUCUACAAUUUGCAUGAGGGAUUUUUUUAAUUGUAUGUACUCAUGGUUGUAAACCAAAACGUACUGUACCGUACAGAGAAAAGGAGCAAAAAACCAAGUCUUCUGUUUAUCCUGAGGCUUUCAACAAUGUUCCCCUCCUGUGAGCCAAGGAGGCAACCUGCACAAGCUUGUAAAUGGUUCGUCUUUAAAAUGUACAUAAGUGGAACAUUUAAUAAAAUGAGGGGAAAUGGAUUUAUAAACUUGUUUUUUUUCUAGGUGACCCUGUUUAAUAGGCUUUCACAGACUGGGGAAUGCUCAAGAUGUGAUGGGCCUGGUGGUACAGGUGUGACAUUUGUCACCACCCAUUUCUCCCACCCCACCCUGCUUUUUUGUUUUUUCAUCCCCCAGCACACUAUAAUAUAGUGAACUGGAAAAGUCCCUUCCAGAAACAGCUUGGCCAGCUUUGUGAACCCUUGACAUCUGAAAACAACUAAGGAUCCAUCUGGGCUUCUCUUCCCCAGCUUUUUGCCUGAUGCCAUUUUAUUGACUAUGGACUUUGAAGUCAGCCUUUGCCUUUGAGAAAGUUCAAGAACUAUGGUUGGUCACAUCUAUCUACAACAACCUAAUCCUACUCUUUGGUAGUCUCUGCAGCAGCCACAGCCUUAGCAGAGCUGGGGUUCCUGUCUUCUGCACACGAUUGACUUUCUUGAUGGGUAAUUUUUUUUAAGAUCAUAAUACCAACAGUGGAUCAGCUGGGUUUUGGCCAGGAAGUUGUCUUUGUGGACUCUGCCUGCAUGGCUUAGUAGUAGAAGGAAAUUUUUUUUUGGUUUUGUUUUUUAUAAUUCAGUUUAAUCAAUAAACAUGUAUUUAUUGACUGUU